AUGUCGCGUCCAAACAGUGCAAUUCGGAUUAGAUCUUCAAUUAAUACAAAUAGAGAGAAAAAGAACCUUCCUGGACUCACAAGACGUUGUCUAUCCUCGACAGGUAACAAGACUUCGAAAGAAGAUAUAGAUGAUAUGAAGCUUCAGAUCGCAAAAAUGGAAUUAGAAACACGUCAAAUCAAAUCAAAGACAGUGAGAAUGAACCAAGAAAUCAGAGAUAGAAAAUCAGCCAUGAGUAAAGCUUUAAAUAGUAAAACGGAAAAUAAAACUGUUGUAGUUGCAACAGAAUCGACAAUUCAACAACUGCGAGAGAAUGUAAUUGCAUUAGAAAAUACAUUAUAUAAUACAAAUAAAGAAUAUGAGCAACUUCGAGUUAAAGAUUCUUUGCUUCAAUCACAAGAACUUCAAGAGGAGCUUAAAGUUUAUUACCUCGAGCAUCAACGCUUACUUCAACAGAAGGAAGCAGUAAAUACAGGCGAAAAAAUUAUUACAAUCGAAUUAAAUAAAUUAAGAGAUCAGAUUGAACAGUAUCAACGCGACCAGAAAGCUAUUGAUGCUGCUCAAGAUUCUAUAGAAAGUCUUAUAGACAAGCUUGAAGCAUAUCAAAAAACAGAAACAAAAGUUUUUAAAUUUGAUUUAGAUAAAAAACUCAGAGAAGCUCCAUCAAACGCACAGGCGCAUGAGCAAGCACUACGCGCAAAUAUAUCAGAGUUGAAGAAAUCAAUUGUUGCUGAAGCUCAAAGGCUCAGAAAUAUAGAAGCUCGCGAUACAGAAAAUAUGGAUGAACUUCAAGGAAUUAUUGAAUCCCAAAUCAUGCAAAUUGUCGAAGCGGUUCAGAGAUUAGAUAAUGAGAAUAAUGAGGAGGAAGAAUUUAGAGAAUAA